AUGAUAAAUGACAAUUUUCAGGACGUAAAAAAACUGUUCGGUAAUAAGGCACUCAAAGAGAAACCAGAUAAAGAUCUUUGGGUGAAUAUGUUCAGCAGAGCUAACUUCAGGCAACUGAGACAUGUGUUUAGUGAAUACACCAGUCAUACUGGAGAAACCAUUUCCGAUGGCAUUAAGAGAGUGUUUAGUGGUGAUGCCGAGACGGCCUAUUUGGCGUUAGUGGAGUUCAUUGAAAACAAAGAACGUUAUUUCGCAAAGCAACUCUAUGCAGCAAUGGAGGGACUUGGCACUCGCGACAAGGAUUUGAUUCGCGUGAUUAUUUCACGGUCAGAAAUCGAUUUGGCUGCAAUUCAUGAGGAGUUCGAUAAGAUGUACAAAAAGCCGUUGAUUGACUGGCUGAAGUCUGAGUGCUCAGGUGCAUAUCGCGAUGCACUUAUCAGCAUUGUUAAUGGCAAUUAA